AUGUCUGACGCCGUGAAGCCUCUAGAUGGACUCCCUCCCGCCGCCAGAGACUUCAUUUCGGACGCCCUGGAUGUCAAAGAAGAUUGGACACUCCCCGAAAGAAAGCUCAACAACCAUGCGCCAGUCAGCAGUGAUGGUGGCCCCAAAAGGAGAGAGUUCGUCAACACAGACGAUCCUUUUAAGCAAUCCCCUACGCUAAAUGAUUCCUCGCAGGGCGCGCAAGUCUCCUCGAAGCAAAGUGCAUACAACGCGAACUACCGGGUUGCGUGGACUCUUUACAAACUGGUACAACAAUUUGAGGUUUUCAACGACUUUUGCGCCGAGGAAAUAUGUCUCUCUGACCUGCGUGUUAAUUCACGGAAUUCCAACCACUACACAAAAAGAGGAGAGUAUCAUCAACAAAAGUUGUAUUGUGCCUGGGAGCCUCUCCUAUACUUCAAAUUAUCGAAACGCGUCCAAGUAUCGAUCUCGUGGAAACAAAUGUGGGAUUCCCAGCUGGUAGGCAAGGUACAGGAAACACCUAAGGCCACGGAGGACGAGCAAAAGUGCAGGAUUGAAAGGAGCAUAGCAGAGCUUGACUCCAAAGUAAACGUCCGCGACUACCUUCAGCGAGUGCUUGGUUUCUUGGAUCUCGGAGCACCCUCCGACUUUUUCGGAUGA